AUGGGGUCGGGCUGGGGCUGGGGGCCGGGGGUCGACAACAGGAAGGGGAAGAAGAAGGCCAAGUCCGUCUCCGUCAAGAACCAGAUCCGAUCAACUGAGAGGAUGCUGCUUCGCAAGAAUCUUCCUCCUGAGGUCAGGGAGGCUCAGGAAAAGAAACUUGAUGAACUGAAGAAACAUCAGGAGCUUCAAUUUCGUUUGGCUACAGAACGCAAAAUACAUUUGAGGGAUAAAAAGAUCAAAUUUUUUGAGAGACGUAAGGUUGAGAGGAUGAUAAGACGUUUGGAGAAACAACGUGCAUCAGCUACUGAUCAUGCAUCCGAGGAAACAAUUUCUAAUCAGCUUUCCAGAUUAAAAGAAGAUCUUGAAUAUGUUCGGUUCUUCCCCAAAACUGAGAAAUAUGUCUCUUUGUUUGUUGGAGGAGAAAACCCUACUAUCACUAACAAGAGAAACAAAUUGCGUGAACAAAUUAAGGCUAACCUCGUGGCUGCUGCUGCCAGUGGAAAAGAUCUAGAAGAAACAGCAAGUGAUGAUGAUGCACUGGAUAUGAGUGAUGAUGAUUUCUUCUUGAAUGGAAGCUCAAGUGAUGACGCAGAGGCAGAUGAUGAAUGGACAGAUAAAAGUGCAAGAGAACCAGCAUCAAGUACUUCUGGCAAAGCAGCAUCUGGCAUGUCCAGCGAUGAAAAGGAUCAGAGACAGAUGUCCGCUCGAGUUCUCAUGCCUCCACCACGGGCAUUGCCAUCAAGCAGAAAUCGUUCUUUAGAUAAAAUUGAAGUUUCCACAUCCAGCAACACAUCAAACAGUAGAAGUGGCCCUUCCCACAGAAAUCACGGCUCACUAAAGUCAAGGACAGACCAUAAUAGCAAUUUGAGUUCAAACUCUGAUGCUCAUAAACCUCGUCGUAAGAGGAGGCCUAAGAAGAAAAAGCAGGCAUGAACCGAGGAUAAUGUCGGAUCUAAAUGGCGCUGAUGCUAUAUGUUCUUUCCUCGCUUCUUUUCCAAAAAGCAGCGAAAGGGGCAUGCUCGAUGAUCACAGUAUCUACACAGUAUCAUUCGUUUGUGUGCGAGGUGCACUCUCUUUUAUUCCAUCUGAAUCGGUGACCAUAGUUUUUUCGGUUUCAACUUGUAGCCCCACUUUUUUUAUGUAUCUGAUACUCAUGGAUGAGACUUGUGUAACGUUAUCUCUACAAUGCUCUGCACCUGUCUAUUAUUAUGUCAUGCAGGUUUCUUUGCUGGUAAUUUACUUA